GAAAAGAUGAAGAGAUAUGAAAAGACAGAAAAAGACACAGAGAAACAAAAAAAAAGACACAAAAAUAGUGAGAGGAGAGAGAACACCGAGAGAAGACAUAGAGAGAGUGACGAUGAUGAGAGAAAAGGACAGAGAGGCGACAACAAGAAAGAGAGAGAGAGAACAAGGGGGGUGACAGAGAACCAUGAGAGAGAGAUGCUGACAGAGGACAACGAGAGAAAAGAGGAGGAGAGAGAAAGAGAGGGAGAGAAAGGACACCGAGAAAAAGAAAAAGAGGACAAGGAUGAGAGAGAGGGAGAGGGAGGCGAGAGAGAGGAUAAGAGAGAAAGGAAGCCGAGAGAGAGAGCUCCGAGAGAGAGAGGACGUCGACAGAGAGAAAGAGAGAGGACGCCGAGAGAGAGAAGACCACGAGAGAAAGAGGAUGACGAGAGAGAAAGAAAGAAAAAGGGGGAGAGAGGGAGAGAAAGA